GAUAAAUUACAAAAGCAUUUUAUUUCCACGGCUCCUACGGUAUCGUCGUCCCCGAUCUGGUCACAGAACUUUCCAUCUUUCUCUCGAAACUGCCGGCGCCAGCGCCAGCGCCAAAAACCCUCGUCUCUCGAAUUGGAAGGCCCUUCGUCUCUCGCGCUCCGCUAGCUCAGUCUCUAUCUCUCCGACGGUCGCCGCUCGCCGGAAGUUAAGGCCUGACCUUGCGUUCGGUGUGGCCUCUAUCCAAUUAGGGUUAAGUAUUGGGGAAUUUUGCCGGAAAGAACCUACCGCUCUCGAAUUGAAAGCCGUCGGUCUAUCGCACUCUUUUUCAGACAGUCGCCGCUCGCCAGAAGCACGGGCCUUGCCUCUCUCUAACUAGGGUGAUAAUUGGGGAAUUUCGUUCCGUCUGCAAACUGCAGGACGAAAUUGCGAGAGAGUGAGGAAAAGGAAAGAAAUUAUUUGCGAGAGAGUGACGACCAUCUACGAACGACGCCGGCGGUCCUGACGGCAGCGGCGGAUUUUCCAGAUCUACAACCCCCUUCCAGCGAUUCUUCUCCCGGCAGUGGCAGAUCCUUGACAUCCAGAUCCGGCGAUUGUAAAUAAGGCCUUUUACCUCUGAGUAGUUGAUUUUUCCUCAGCGUUUGAUUCCCAAGUCUCAAGAUGCCAGCCACAGCUGGAAGAGUUCGCAUGCCUGCGAACAAUAGGGUACAUAGUAGUGCUGCCCUACAAACGCAUGGUAUAUGGCAGAGUGCAAUUGGGUAUGAUCCAUAUGCACCCAACAAGGAUGAUAACAAGAAUUCUGCACAACCAAACACGGCUAGCUCUGAGCCAGAAGCAGAGAAUGCAUAUGCAAGCUUUCAGGGUCUUCUUGCACUUGCUCGCAUAACUGGUUCCAAUGCCAAUGAGGUUCGUGGUGCUUGCAAGAGAUGUGGACGUGUUGGACACCUUAGCUUUCAGUGCAGGAAUUUCUUGAGUGUUAAGAAUGAUAAGGAGAAAGACCCAGAGGCUAUCCAGGCUGAUGUUAUGUCUGAGCUGGAUAAAUUAAAAGGAAAUAUAGGUAAGGGGAAAGGUGCAGUUGAGAGUGAUGAGGAGAGUGAGGAGGAUGAGAGUGAAAGUUCUGACUCGGAUGUCGAUUCAGAGAUUGAAAGGAUUAUUGCUGAAAGGGGAGGGAAAAAAGGGAGUGGUAAGAAAAGAUCAUUGAAAAGAAAGGAUGAUUUGGUUGAUGAUGGAUCAGGUUCAGAUUCGAGAGAGAAGAAGAGGGGGAGGUCAAAAAGGAGGAGCCGAAGAAGAGAAUCUGAUGAUUCAGAUGACAACAGAAGGAAGAGGAGAAAGGAGAAGCACAGGAAAAGAGAUGACUCAUCGGAUGAGGGUGAAAAACUUAAGCGACGUCAUAGGAAGAGUAGAAAAGAGAAGAGAAGGAGAAGAAGCCAUAGGUAUUCUGAUGACUCUGAUUCUGAUACAUCUGAGGAAUCUCAUGGAAGGCACAAACACAAGAGUAGAAAGGCAUCAUUAACUGAUUCUGAAGCUAGCAGCUCUGAUGAUACAAGGGGCAGGGCAAGGAAGCGCUCUGAGAAGAGGAGUAGGAAACACCGUCGAGAGGUGGAUGAAUAGCCAAAUAGUAGCAAAAUUGGUGUGAGAUGAUGGAUAUCGUGAUCACCCUGGUAGCUGUGGAUUUACCAAUAAUAAACCCAGCCAUUGUUGGUUCAUUGACAAGAUCACGGUUGAAAUUUAUUAUUGUAUUGCAUUUCAUAAAACCUGUAGUCUGUCGUGUGUGCCUUUUCAAUAUGUGUAUUAUCCCAUUGAUUUCCAAAUCGAAAUGCAAGAAGAAUCACGAAAAGACUGAAUAGUUUGUUUGGGAAGUUGAAGAGAACAGAAUUUCUUUUCAAUCACGUAUGGCUCUUUGUUGACAUUUUCUAAUUUCUUAAUUGGAUUCGGAAUUUGUAACUUUAUGGAAUUUAACACUCGCUAUUUGAUCUUA